UUGGAGCCACAAUAUGAAAGUUUUGGGGAUGAUCCAUAACGACAAGAAGAGCAUGUGGGUCGUGGGCGAGUCAGAGGAAAGCAUUGCGAUUGGCUUCAUUUUUUUCAUGGGCCCCAAAUGGGAUCUCAGUUCAGCUUUCAGCAAACUACAGACCAACGAUGAGGAGAAGAGGAGUCUGAUUACAGCUGUAACUGUGGACAAAGGCUUUGUUGUGUCUGGAGACGUGAGGGGCAACAUGUGGUUCCUCCAGCUUACAGGGGAUUUCUCAUGGAGCAGCAGAAAACCUGCCCACAAAGACAGGAUCAGCGUGUUGAGACUCUCUGACCACACCAUCAUAUCAGCCUCCUAUGAUAGGACGGUGAAGCUGUGGGACAGAAACACCAAGAAACAGAUCGGUAUGUUUGUGUGUGGAGGUCCCAUUCUUGAACUGGAGGUGAACCCUGAAAAACCCACUGAGCUGGUUUGUGGUGACGGACAAGGAAAACUCUACUUUCUCUCCUGGAAAGAAUAAUCCUAAACAUAUAUAUAUAUAUAUUACAUGCCAAAGAUUGCUAGAAAUGUUUUGGGUAAACCUCUAUAUAAAAAAAGUCAUGUUUACAUGUGCCUUUUAAUUUAGAUGGGGAAAAAAACAUGUCACAAAAAAUGACUGUUCGUUAUAAUUAUUUGAACUGAAUUAUUAAUUUAAUUAGAAAAUUGUAUUGGAAGGGAAAUAGGAAUGUGGGAUAUGAAAUACUUGAAGUGGAAAAAUCAGUGCAAUAAAUAUAAGUGAUCUCUUCUUA